UCUACGAGGACAACGCUUUGUGGACAACAUGUCGCUGGAGUCUUGCAGUAAAUUAUUCUCCCGAAUUAAGAGACUGCGACCCUGUCUUCUUGACUUGAAGACCGGCUGUCCGUAUGUCAUAAGGGGUUUCACGUCCGAGCUGAAAGGUGUGAAGCAGAUUAAACCACUAGAUGGCAUCAGAGUCUUAGACCUCAGCAGAGUCCUGGCUGGUCCUUUUGCCACUAUGAUCCUGGGAGAUUUGGGGGCAGAGGUCAUAAAAGUUGAGCGACCAGGACCUGGAGAUGACACAAGAGCAUGGGGACCUCCGUUUGUACGUGAGGAGAGUGCCUAUUUCCUGAGUGUGAACAGGAAUAAAAAGAGCAUUGCUGUUAAUCUUAAAGAUCCGAAGGGGGCCAAACUGAUCACAGAGCUUGCCAGAAAUUGUGAUAUACUGGUGGAAAACUAUCUUCCCGGUAAACUGGAUGAGAUGGGACUCGGCUAUAAGGAUAUGAGUGAAGCAGCUCCACAUAUUAUCUACUGUUCCAUCACAGGUUAUGGUCAGACUGGACCCAAGUCACACAAACCAGGAUAUGACUCGAUAGCAUCUGCUGUGUCAGGGAUGAUGCACAUCACAGGUCCUGAGGACGGGGAUCCAGUAAGGCCUGGAGUUGCCAUGACAGAUCUAGCUACUGGACUGUAUGCUCAGGGAGCAGUGAUGGCUGGCCUGCUGCAGAGACAGAAAACUGGACGAGGUCUUCACAUCGACUGCAACCUGCUCUCAUCUCAGGUGGCUUGCCUCACUCACAUUGCUGCGAACUUCCUCAAUGCGGGAAAAGAGGCUAGAAGAUGGGGAACAGCUCACGAGAGUAUCGUCCCAUAUCAGGGCUUCAAGACAAAAGAUGGAUACAUUAUUGUGGCUGCUGGGAAUGAUCAUCAGUUUGUCAAAGUGUGCAAAGUCCUGAACCUGAACGAGCUAGCAGAAAAUCCCAAGUACAAGACCAACACGCUACGAGUCCAGCACCGCAAAGAGCUGCUGCAGCUCCUGGCUGAGAGGUUCUCUGAGGAGUCUACAGCUAAGUGGCUGAGAUGUUUCGAGGGCACCGGAGUCCCCUGUGGCCCCAUUAACACCAUCCAGCAGGUGUUCUCCGACCCACAGGUGGUUCAUAAUGGCCUCAUUUCGGAGAUGGACCACCCAACAUCAGGAAAGAUUGCAGUGCCAGGUCCUGCUGUCCGAUUCAACAGUUUUGAGUUCGACAAGCCAGCUCCGCCCCCUGUGAUUGGUCAGCACACAGUCGAGGUCCUGAAGGGCAUCCUGGGCUACAGCGAUGAUGUCAUCAACCAGCUGCUGACUUCACAGACCGUCACUCAAAAUCCCGUUUACUAACGGCAACGCACAAGGCAUGGCCGAGUCCACUCCCAAAACACGACCACACAGCCUCCUCUUACCAAAUAAACACUCUUGCUCUUUAACACACACACAUGCACAAUGACCUGACACUAAGGGAGAAAUAUUGUUCCACCUCCCACACUCGCCGGUUAUGUUUAAGAAAUUAAUCGGCCAAAAAAGCCAACCCGAAAGCAAGCCGCAAAUGUAACAAUAACAACAGAAUGACGCAUGAGGAGGCUCGGAGGGUCUGGCCUGCCAGUUGGCGUGUCCAGUGGAAUGCGGUCUGGCUCCAGUGACCUGCGCUCACAUUCACAUCACCUCACACUCUUCUUCCUGUUUUAUUGAUCAAUAACGUAUGCAGACUCCCUGCUGGAUAAGCUUUCAAAUCAAACAUUCAGUAAUGGGAAAGACGGAAAAUCUGUUCCUCAGCUCUUUGGGCUGUUAAACUUUCAAGCUCAGUUUUCAUCACCAUUUUGGCGAAAAUUCACAAUCUCUGACUAAAGGCCAAGCCUAGCGUGGAAAUACCCUACGGCACACGUGGAAAUACCCUACGGCAGACGAUAAACGGCACACCUCAUAACGUUCGCCUCGUCUGAGAUAGGUCCAGUCCAACAAAGUGGACAAAACAAAACAGAAGUGCGUCUGUGACUGGAAACAUACUUUAAAAAUACUUUUUAUCUAUUGGUCACUUCUUGUAAUCGCCUUCACUACGCUUUUACUUAGAAGCAGACAUCACCUCUCUCAGGAGGCAUUGGACUUUGUCCAAGUGUGACAAAGGCUGUUUUUACACCUACCCAAACAAACCACACCAUGAAGCUACUAUUCAUUUAAUUCGUGGUUUAAUUCAAACAAGAGAGCGAUCGUAGUCAUAUGCUUUCGUUUACAGUCAGAAUGAUUUCAUAAUUUAAUCCACAAAACAUUUUUAAGUUCCUCUCGAUUUAUUUUUAGAUUUGACUCGUUUGUGUUGGGUUUUUUUGUUUUUUCUUCCUCCUUCUGAGUCAUAUGCAGGACUAUAUUUAGUAGGUGACAUCAUAGCUAGGAAAGUACCAAAUGAAAUCAGGCAGAAAGCUUCCGUCAGCUUCCCUUUAACCCCAAAGUGCCGAAACUGACCUUCCUGCAAAACUACAUCUAGUUCACAAUGUUUACCAAUUUUUUAUAUGCACUAUGUUUGUGAAGUUCGCUUAUGUCGGGUAUUAGAUUUUUGCUUACUUGUUUGUUUUUCUCUAAGAUGAUUGUUAUAUUUUUAAAUCUAAUAGGCGUAAUUUAAUGACACUCAUUACAUGUGGGCACAAAAUCCAAUAUUACACACUACUUUUUUUCGUUUGUGUGUGUGUGUGUGUGUGUGUGUG